AUGCUGUCUGUCGGCACGGCCUCCUUGAGAUUCGUAUUCUCCAUCGCAGCUACUUCUGCCCUGACCAGCAAAUGCUUGCACAUACAUGUCCACAGAAAGGCGCUCACAUCUGCCGACCUCACGAUAUGGUCCCUCAGCCUGUUCGCACAAGACACUGCGAUUUUACUUUUGCUCAGGCUGCUUCUUCAUUCUGGGCCGCCUCCUCGCAACACGAGCCGCUACAUGCAAGCUACAUCUUUCGUCAUCGCGUCCACCGUGGCCCUGAUACAGCUGGCGGUAGCAACAAUCAACACGGCAUUUUUCCUCGUCAUCGGGUCCGAGCCCCGUUGGCGAAAUGCCGGCAUCAUCACAGAUCCGUCAACAUGGUCGACGUUUGCCGAGGGCCUUCCCACCUGCAUGAUGACAUUUGCCGGCCUCGUGUUCGCAUCAUUCGCGCUGAUGGGGAUCCCCUAUUUCUUUGCCGGCGUAGCGCUUCAUGUCAUCAAGGCGUCUUCAGCCGUGGUCGUGAGUGGGUUGAGAUGUUGUAGUGGAAUUCCGGCCCGCCCAAAAUAUGGCAAAGUUCCUCGAGACGAAGAGGAGCCCUACGGCCCGGAGCGCAAGGACACGACGCGGGGCUGUAGACGUCGCCAUCGAAGAGCUGUCUGGCUCAUCCAAGCCGUGACUGGCGCAAUCCUCGUAGCCCAGGCUAUUGCGUACAUUUUGAGGCCAAAUGAGCGCUCUCUCAUCUUCUUGUCGUGGACUUCGGUUGCCCUUCCCAUCGUCGACAUUCUCAGCACCACUUCCCCGCUGACGAACUUGCUUCCGGUGUACAAUCCGAAUCUUAUUCAACGGUGGGAGGGGAAGACUGCGCUGGGGGAACCCCGUCGCUGGGCUUGGCUGCCAAACACGGACGACCCCCCGGCCGGGUUUGGCGACUGGUAUGACUCUGAGAAAAAGCACUACAGCUCGGAUCUAGAUCCCUUGAGCCAGGCCAACGUCGAAAAUGACCUGCUUGGCGGCCUGCGUGGGAAGCUUGCCGACGUCGACAUCCGACAUGUCAUGGUUAUUUUACUGGAGAGCACUCGCCACGACGUCUUCCCCUUUAAGAAGGAUGGAUACAUCUGGAAGAAGUUGGAAGAGACUUGGAAAAACCAAAGAAUACCCGAUGACGUCGAAGAGCGACUUGCAAAUCUCACAUCGUCUGCCAACUUCAUCACAGGCGAUUACGACGACGGCUUUGACCACGCUGAGAGGAGGCGUCGUGGGGGCAUCAAUGCCGUCCACGGCACCCCGUCUGCGACAUACACGGUGAAAAGCUGCCUGGGGACUCUCUGCGGCAUAAGCCCAUUGGCCGUUGAUGGCAAUCACGAAUAUUACAGCCACUUGUACCAGCCAUGCCUCUCACACAUCAUCAACCUCUUCAACGCCAUGAACGGCUCUGCCGGCGGCCCUGCGAGCCGACCAUACACCGAAUACAGCUGGAACAGCUCCUUCCUCAUGUCGGUGACGGGCCAGUACGACAGCCAGGACCGACUGAUGAAAGCCAUGGGGUACACAGAAGAUGGUCUCAUCGACGUGGAAUACUUGGAGGGCGACCGGGCUGUUUUUGAACCCCCCCACCGACCGUACGUCAACUACAUGGGCUGGGAGGAGGAAGCGCUCGAGGAGUACAUCGCCGACGCCUUCGAAUCGGCGAGGGAGAACAAUACGCGCCUGUUCCUCACUCACCUCACCAGCACGCCGCACUACCCGUACGAGAUACCGGAGGCCAAAGAGUACGUCGCCCUUACGCCGGAGGACAGUGGCAGUUACGCCAACGACAUGUCAAUGUAUCUCAACGCCGUGGGCUACGUCGACCGCUGGAUUGCCAAGAUUCUUCGCAUGAUAGAGGAACAAGACGCUACCAACGAGACACUGAUAGUGCUCGUCGGGGACCAUGGUCUUCCCUUGCCAGAGACGGGCGGCAUGUCUCCCUGGGGAAUCCCCAACAUUGGAGGCUUUCGGGUACCCUUGGUCUUUUCUCACCCCGGCCUGCCUGCCAUUGAGAUCCAGGAGUCGGUCACGGCAAUGUCGGUUGCACCGACCAUACUGGACCUUCUCAUUGAAACCGGCUCGCUCUCGAUGCCCCAGCAACGGGCGGCACGGGACCUCCUUGGCAACUACGAGGCCCCGUCACUCAUCCGGUCACUAGAGGGGCGGGCGCCUGAUGCAGAGCAGCGGUGGCAGCUCACGGCCGUGAGCCCCAGUGGUCAAGGGGUCUCGGUACGCAGCAUGGAUGAGCCUCGCUGGCGUCUGGUGGCUCCCCUGAUUGAGGACUUGGAGUGGCUGUUCGGUGAUCUCGAAGACGACCCCCAUGAAGAUGAUCCCAUCAGAUCCUUUGAUUUUGCUAAACUGUUGCAAGCUGUCGAAGAGAAAUACGGUACCGAGGCGGCCGAGUGGGCUGAAGAAGCGGCUUUCGUGACACGGUGGUGGGUAAAAGAAAACCACGAAAGAUGGCGGUAUAGUCCUGGAUAG